AUGGAUCCAGCUAAUAGUCUUACCUAUUUAAAAACAACUCUAUCUUCUGAGAUGUUUUUAAAUAGGUAUUUUUAUUCUGUCUCGCUUUUCUUGUCUUCUCGUCCUAAUCUUCUCUUUUUAUCAUUCACUUUCUCUUCUCUAAAGUUCCUUCGUAUCUAUUCUUCUAUUCUAUCUUUGAUGUUUUACCGUCUUUCUCUUUCACCCUCUCUUCAUCUCAUUUUUCCUUGCAUUCACUCUUUCUAUAUCUUUCUUAUUCACUUACCUUCUAUAUUUAUUAUUUUUCUGACAACAACUUUUUUUUAUUUUCCCCCUCUCUUUUCUACCUUGCUUUUACUUUCUCCACUCUCUCUAUUUCCUAAUUCAUUUUGGUUUUUCUCCUUCCUAUCUCAUUUUAUUUCUCCUGUUUGCAAUUCAUUUCUUUCAUUUUUUCUACUCUUUCUCUCGCAGCUCUUUUCAUUUAUAUCUACUUUUUCUUUCACGUUAGUUUAUAUGCAACUUGCUACUAGCAUUUUUUUUAUCUCCUUACCUUUCUCCUUCUUUCAAUUUGACUAUUCUUUCUUUCUUUCUCUCUUUCUUUCUUCCUUCCUGCUGAGACGUCAAAUUUCAAGUAACGAAAUUGAAGCCUAUUUGUUCAUUCCAUAG